CCCCAGUCUUGCGGCCUCGGGCCUCCGAAGAAGCGGGAGAUGACUGGCAAAGCGGGCGAAGCGCUGAGCAAACCCAAACCCGAGACGGUGGCCAAGAGUACCUCGGGGGGCGCGCCGGCCAGGUGCACCGGGUUUGGCAUCCAGGAGAUCCUGGGCUUGAACAAGGAGCCCCCCGCUUCCCACCCGCGCGCCGCCCUCGACGGCCUGGCCCCCGGGCACCUGCUGGCGGCGCGCUCGGUGCUCAGUCCCGCUGGCGUGGGAGGAAUGGGGCUGCUGGGGCCCGGGGGGCUCCCUGGCUUCUACGCUCAGCCCACCUUCCUGGAAGUGCUGUCCGACCCGCAGAGCGUCCACUUGCAGCCUCUGAGCAGAGCGUCGGGGCCGCUGGACACCAGCCAGACGGCCAGCUCGGAUUCCGAAGAUGUCUCCUCCAGCGAUCGAAAAAUGUCCAAAUCGGCUUUAAAUCAGACCAAGAAGCGGAAGAAACGGCGGCACCGGACCAUCUUCACCUCCUAUCAGCUAGAGGAGCUGGAGAAGGCGUUCAAUGAGGCUCACUACCCUGACGUCUAUGCGCGGGAGAUGCUCGCCAUGAAAACAGAGCUGCCGGAAGACAGGAUACAGGUCUGGUUCCAGAACCGCAGAGCCAAGUGGAGGAAGCGGGAGAAGUGUUGGGGUCGGAGCAGUGUCAUGGCGGAGUAUGGGCUGUACGGGGCCAUGGUGCGGCACUCCAUCCCCCUGCCAGAAUCCAUCCUCAAAUCCGCCAAGGAUGGCAUCAUGGACUCCUGUGCCCCAUGGCUACUGGGGAUGCACAAAAAGUCGCUGGAGGCAGCCGCUGAGUCGGGAAGGAAGCCCGAGGUGGAGCGCCAGGCCCUGCCCAAGCUCGACAAGAUGGAGCCAGAGGAGCGGGGCCCGGACCCUCCAGCGACAGCCAUGUCCCAGGAGGAACUGAGAGAGAACAGCAUUGCGGCCCUCCGAGCCAGAGCUCAGGAGCACAGCACCAAGGUGCUGGGGACUGUGUCCGGGCCUGAUGGCCUGGCCCGGAAUGCCCAGGAGCCGGAAGAGGAGGAGGCUGUGGAGGAAGACAGGCCUGAGGAGAAGCUGAGUCCAACACAGCUUGAGGACAUGGUUUAAGUCAAGGGCACUCAGCAAUGCCCAGGACUCUGCUCGCCUCAGAGCCUGUGGUGCAGGGAGGUCCAAAGCCAGCCUCUGUCUGUCUGUACCUCCUCCUGCCCUGCAGGCCUUCCUGCCCCUGCGACUUCAGGCACCACUCAGUGCUGGCCUAGGCCUGGGGCCAUGCUGAGACCUCCCUCGCUGGUCUCAGCCUCUGCAGCCCUGCCUCAGAGCCUUCUCGCUGCCCCCAGGCCAUACCCUCGAGCCUCUGCCCAGGCAAAGCCACUGUCCGCACCCACCCCUUCCUCACUGUUCUCCUGCCCUGCGAUCCUUCCUCCCCAGCUCUCUCUGGUCAUGGCUUCCACUCAGCCCGUGCCCACUGCAGCAAACACAUGGCCUGGCCCACUCUCCACAGAGGCUGAGGCCUAGAGCCACGGUCCCGUGGCAGCAAAACCUGGGCUCUCCCCCAGUGUGCUCCUUCCUGUGGGCUGAACCUGGGCCUCUGGUGUGUUAAUGGACACCCCCCAAAGGCAGGUUCAACUCUGUCCCUUCCCCACUCACCCCACUCCUGGGGCUCAGAUUCCAGAUUCAACUUAAGAAGUCUCAGUCUGGGCCCCUGGACCAGCCUCCCAUACGGGUCCUCCAAAGCAGCCUGCCCUCUCCACACCCACCCUGCCAAAGCACUGUUCCUCCCAGCUCAGGUGCCAGCCCUGUAUGUGGCGAUGCGUGAUAACUGCAGUGAGCCUGGGGCCUGUGCCCAGCAGCCCCGAGCACCUGUCACCAGUGCUCUAGCCCUCAGCCUGUGCUUGGGAGCAGCCUGACUCCCAAGUGCUGCCAGUGAACCUGCCUUGCUGUGCAAGGCAUCAACCCACCCCCUGCCCCACCCCAUGCUUCUCAGACUACUGGUUUGCAUGUGCCCUGCCUUGGAGCAACUCAACCUUAUUCAGUGAUUCCCUAGGAAGUCACAAACCUGAUUGAACUGUAUCCAGGCAAACCCCUGAGAGGCUAAGCCUGGAGAGGCCUGAGGCUCUCUUUCUGUCAUUCAUCAAAGGUUGGUCACAAGAAGGGUAUGUCAUGAGAUACUGUGUUAGAUUCAAACUAAGCCGCAGGCACACACACCAUCAGCCAGGUCUGAGUGACAAUGUUAGAAUAAGGGACUGGCAGGGGCUUCCUUUGUCUGCAGAUGGGAGGGCCUCUAGGUACCCAUGCCCACUGGGCCACCACUAGGCCAGCCCCUCCCCUUCCCCUGACAUUGCUCUCACCCACCCACCUCUGCAGGGAAGAAUACGAAGCAAGAGGAAGGCCCGAGACAGUGAGCUGGGAUUUCCCUCCGUCAAAAGUUGAUUUCUUCAUUCCAUCCACCACCCCAGUUCUUGUCUCUGUCCCUUGUUGGUUUGAAGUGGUUAGACCGUAGUCCCUGGUGUGUACAUAUGUACAUAGUGUGAGCAGAAAAGAGACUUGAUAUUGAGGUGUUUAAAGUAUGGAGCUGUAAUCACUUCUAGAUAUUAUAAAUCUGUGAUUUCUGUGGCAUUUUCUGUAAAGAUACUUGUCAGAAUAAAAUUGAUGUAAAAACA